GUUUGCUCCAAAGUCAAAUAAUUUCAUUCAUUGAUAUUAGAAUCAAUUUAAAUUCUUGUUUAGACCUUAUAUAUAUUGAAAUUGCCAGUUUAAUUCGCAGCAAUAGUAUGGCGCUUGGCAGUUUCCGGUUCUUUGUCAGCUUGCAAAAACUUCAGCGCUUCAGCACGGGCGGUAAGAAAGUCGGUGGCAGCGGGCGGAAAGACGAUGAGGAUGGCACAUCGAACUUUGACCAAAGGGAUGUAAAUAUCGAUGAUGUCGGUGCCACCAAUGCAAAGUACAUGGAGCAUUUGUUCGCCAAAUGGCUAAAGGACGAAUCCUCCAUUCAUCCGUCGUGGCAAAAAUACUUUCGGGAAAUGGUUAAGGAAAACUCUGAGGGCCAAGUCCCAGUGAAACCUGACGGUGAUGUCAUCCCAGGAGCUGUCAAGGAUAUGGAAAGGGAAACAACAGAACCAGAAAGUGCGAAGCAGCCUUAUGCAAAACAUUUGGCUUUCCCAAAUUCUACUGCAAAAAAUUCCACAUCCACUAAACAACAAACAGGUCAGCCAAUUGCAUCUAAUCCGGAUAAUCCUAUAGUGCCUUUCAUGACUGAAAAGGAUUCAACGAAGAACAAAUUGGACGCACCAACAACUAUGCCAAUGGACUAUGUAGAUCUUUUCUCGAAGCUGGAAAAGUCCAAGGCCCCGCGCUCGGUUGAAGUGCCAGGGUCUCAGAAGAACUUGGACGGAGAUGGUCCCACACCCAGCACGACACCCACCGCCUACUUCGAUACAAUCGACCCUCAAAGUGAUAUUGUAAUAGGCCCAACCAUUCUGAGUCCUUUUGUGGAAACCAGCUCAAGUAAGGAUGAUAAAACUACACCACCAAAGACCACCACGAGAGAACUUUUGGGAAAAAUAUCGAAAAAUGUCAAGGAAAAAGCAAAGAAAAUUAUGACAAAGUCGCAGAGGCUACCCAAAACGCUGCCCAAUAAGAGCCCGAAAAUGUUAAAGACGCAGAAAUAUGAAAAUUUGAUACCAAGUAAGCCCAAGAAAUCAAAGAGAAAGUUUAAAAUAUUAAAGACGCAGGUUGCUGAUGACAAAAAAGACGCAGGAACGCAGGAUAAGAGUCUUCAAAAUCACUCCGCAAAUAAUAAAAAUCCGAUUUUGCUGUAUAAAGUGGGCUCCAGUGGAUCAGUGGAUUAUUUCAGGCCAAUACCAGAUCGUCGGUCUCUGAAAAAUAAAACCAAAGACUGUGCCAAGGAGAAGAGUCCGUGGCCCGGUAAAAAGGAUUUGCCAAAAAAAUACGGCACUCGAUUGAACAAAAAGAAAAAGAAUCCCGAAUUUCCGGAAUCAAAUAUCCUCAACCAGAACGAGACCAUGGAAAUGUCUACCGAAAAUGAUAAAUUCGAAUCCUCUAAAUCUGACAAAAAUGCAACUCCAAUGAGGGUAAGUCCUUCGACACAAGUUGAAACAACGGAGCCAGAUUCUUUGGACUUCCAGUUGCCCGAACCCAAAGAUAAGUCUUUGAAAAAGCAACGGAAAACCGUCGAUGCUGAAAAGAAAGGAAACUUUCCCAAGAAAGCAAAGACUUCCAUAUCAAUACACAAAUCUGUGUAUAAAAUGGUAGACAAUGAUAGGCCAGAAUCGGAUUCAUCCGAGAAGAAAUCCCGUGGCUAUAAAGCGAGCCACAAACGCGUGUUCAAACAAGGCCCUAGCGUAAAAUAUCGACAAGUGGCAAAAAAGCAAAACUUUCGCCAUAAAAUGAAUUCCAAGUCGGAAAGUACUCGCACUCAAAAUCCUAUCAGAUUAACUCCUUUGACACCAUCCGAGACAAGGGAAACCAAUUCUGUCGACUACCAUUGGCCCGAAACCGACGAAAAUACACUUGUAUAUUGGAAAAAGUCUAAGAAAAACCAACCAAAAUCUGUCGAGACUAUAAAGUCGAUACCAACUCAAAAGAUGGAAACAGAUUCCGAUUCAAUCAAAAAGAGACAAGCACAAGAUUUGGAAAACAAAUCGCCGGAGGAUAAUCCAAAACCAGAAAGGGACAUUCGACCGAUCCGCAUGAGUAGGAGUAGGAGGUACAAACUUUCCCCAGCCUCUGACAAUAGUUCCUUUAAUCUGAAUAAAGAAAGUCUGAAGCACAGGGAGACAGAUGAGAGCACAUUCAAAGACAAGUCUGAGGUAAGGAAGGGCGCCCAAAGGGAUGCCAAGCGAAAAGGCGCCCCGGAAGAUUAUUUCGGAGAUGAUAGAACGAAUCCAGAUGAGUAGCCUGCGAGGGAAUCGAAACUGGCAGCUGAGGCAAACUCGUAUGGAGCGUCAGCCUCAGAUCUUAUCAGAAAAUACGAUUUUCGCCCAAAGACCAUGAACCAAUGCCGGCUCAAGAACACGAUGCUGCUAAGAAUUCCAUUCAGGGCCCAUGUGCCACUGAAAUGGCUG